AAAACAUUUGAAAUGUGUUGGGAAUGUCCUGAAUUAUCUUCUCCAUCCAGAGGAAACCAAAGAUCUCAGCUUCAAGGAAGCUGAUGCUCAAGAGCCUGAUGGUUGCAAAGGCCAAGGAGGAAUUGGAACAAGAGAUCCUAGUUAAAGAGGAGGAGAAACAGAAGUAUCUGGCAGAGAAAGCUCCUCCUCUAAACACCAGCAGCCUGAGCCUUGCACAGUUACAGGACCUCUGCAGAGAGCUCCAUGAAAAGGUAGAUGUGGUGGAUGAGGAGAGAUAUGACAUUGAAGCCAAAGUCAUGCUCAACACACGUGAGAUUAAAGACCUGAACAUCAAGGUGUUAGACCUCAGGGGGAAAUUCAAGAGGCCUAAUCUUCGACGUGUUCGUGUGUCUGCUGACGCCAUCCUUCGCUCGCUGCUGGGCUCCAAGCACAAAGUCUCUAUGGAUCUCCGGGCCAACCUCAAGUCUGUAAAGAAAGAGGACACUGAGAAGAAGAGGCCAGUGGAGGACAGUGACUGGAGGAAGAAUGUGGAGGCCAUGUCAGGGAUGGAGGGAAGGAAGAAGAUGUUCGAUGCUGCUAAGGGUCCUGCCCAGUGAACCCAGAAGGUGAUGGGCUGGUGUCAUCACUCCUCCUGCAUCUGAAUUGGUUUCGUUUUCCUACAGUCUAUUGAGCUUUUGCAUUUCCACCUAAUACUGUCAUUCUUGCGUAUGCUCCUGAGAUGGAGGUGAGAAGAUAACCCCACUCUCCCAAAGGGUUUUCUUCACUUUCCUUAAAGGUCCAGUUUGUAACAUUUAGGAGGAUCUAUUUAAACCAAUCACUGGCAAAUGGUAUUUAGCUUUUUUCACGGCCACCACAGUUUUCCUCACACACUAGGAAGGCGAAUGGUAUUCAGUUAGUUGCAAUCUGCAACUUCGCCUCUAGAUCUCACUAAAUCCCACACACGCUGGUCCUUUAAGAACUGAUUUGUUUACUGCUCGUUGAUAUGCUGUUAAAAAUGACUUUAUCUAUGUGCCACGUGCUAUUAUUUGUAUUGUUCUUAUAACUGAUAUUGCACCUGAAGCCCAGAGAUUUAGGCUUAUAUUUGUAUAGCUAUGUCAAAAAAAUGCAGCUUGUAUUUCCAGAUAUUGUAACCUAACCAGCACGCCAAAUGAUAUUAUAGACAAUAAUAUGACCUAUCCAAAAUCAAAUUGCAUUUUUUAUAUUCUUGCUUGGUGUUUUUAUGAACUUUAACAAAAUGAUUUGUACGUCAUCAGCUGAUGCAACAAUAAAACACAUUUAAUUAA